GUUGCAGAGAAUCUGAUUCUUAGUACUCGCAAGAAACUUUUGAGCUAGCUUUUACCUGCAACUUCAAGGGCGCAUGCUUGGAGCGCGAAGCUGAGCCGAGGCAAAGCCUGAGCUAGCCGGAGGUCAGGAGAAUUGCCUUGCUCCCAGGCUUGGACUCGUCAGCAGAGAAGAUGCCUGCCUCAGCUCGCUCUCGGCCGGAGGAUAUUGUUGAAAACCUGUCCUCUGGGGACACCUCUGCGCGCCUGAAAGCGCUGCGCGACGUCAAGAACCAGAUCAUUGGAAACAGGUCGAAGAAGCUUUGCUACAUCAAGCUAGGCGCUGUCCCCCGAGUUGCUGAGAUUCUUGCCAGUGACACAGAGACGAAUCUCCUCGUCCAAUCUGCAGCGGCGGUCGGCAGCUUCGCGUGCGGGAUAGACUCUGGCGUCAGGGCAGUUCUUGAUAGCGGCUGUCUUCCUCACCUUCUGAAUACCCUUUCAAACGGAGAUGAGCGGGUCGUGGAAGCGGGAGCGCGGUCGCUGCGCAUGAUCUUCCAGACGCAGCUUGCACCGCAGGGGGCCACCUUCUUCAGAUCCGGGGGGGCGCUCGAAAAUAUUCUGCGGUUGCUGGCCAGUGCAAACGAUGACAUCUCUGAAGUAGCGGCCAGUGUGCUUGCACGGUGCUGCGACUUCCCGGAGCAACGCGCCGCCAUUGCCCAAGCCGGCGCCCUCCAGGGCCUCCUUCAUCUUCUCACUCACCCCAACCCUCGCAAGGUCGAGACCGCUCUCGACGCCAUCGCUUCCCUCACGCGCAACGACGAGCAGCAAUCCCGAGCACUGCUCAACGCUCCGGGGAACCCCUUUCUCACAGUGAUCAUCCCGACAGUCAAGGAGAGGUCAGGAAAGUCUCGGUUGCUGGCGUGCGCAUGUGUGGCAAACAUCAGCCGGACGUGUCCAGAGUACGGGACGGAGAGGACGACAGGGCCGCCGGGAUCGGCAAGGGACGUGGCGGCGGCGGUGAUCAGUGCGCUUGUGAAGCUGGUGGACUGUCCAGGCGAGGCUGGCGAAGAAGCCCCCAGCGUGCUGGCUCACUUUAUCGCGGACAGUGAGGACCUCCAAAAGCUGGCCUGCGACGCAGACGCCAUCGGGAAGCUGUCGGGAAAGCUAGCGGCCGGGAGCGGGGUAUUGACCCCCCGGCAUCGAGAGAACAUCUUCCACGCGCUCGCGGCCCUUUGCUCCACGCGGGAGGAGGGCCGGCGGCAACUGGUCGAGUCUCGCGCCCUUCUCCCCGUCAUUUCGGGCCUGGAGGACGCCGCCCCGGGUGUCCGCGCCGCGGCCUGCGCGUGCACCAAGAGCCUCUCCCGCUCCGUCAAAAACCUGCGCACCUCCCUGGUCGACGCCUCCAUAGCGGAGCCGCUGUUCAAGCUGCUGGGCGACCCGGAUCCGAGUGUUCAGGCGACCGCAUCCGCCACGCUGUGCAACAUCGUGCUCGACUUCUCACCGCUACGAUCACAGGUCGUUCUGGACGGCGGCGGCGUCGCGCAGCUGGCGUCGCUGGCGCACAGCAUGGACGCCACCCUCCGGCUGAACGCGGUGUGGGCGCUCAAGAACCUGCUCUUCAUGGCCGACAGCGCAACGAAAGCGCGCGUGAUGCGCGAGGUCGGAUACCCCACGCUCGCGGCGCUCGCGCAGGACCCCGAGGACGGCGUCCAAGAGCAGGCGCUGAUGCUGGUGCGGAAUCUGGUGCACGGAAAGCCGGAGGACAUUGAGGCGGCAGUCCGUCCGGAGACGGGCCUACUCGAAGUAGUGGACCGGAAGCUCGCGAGCGGCGCACGGCCCGAGGUGUGCGUGCAGGCGCUCUACGUCAUGGUCAACGUGGCAACGGGGACAGAGGAGCAUAAAGAGCGCGUCAUGGCGACGUGUACACCAAGCGUGCUGGGGCGCUUUCUGGCCGACGAAAGCAACCCGCAGAUCCGCGUCGCCGCAGUCUGGGUUCUGAUCAAUCUGACUUACUCGAAAGGAGGGAACGUCAGGAGCCGAAUCGAGCGACUACGGCGCCUUGGAUUGGACGCGCAACUGCACAAGCUGCUCAGUGACCCGUGCUCAGACGUCCAGGAUCGAGCGAAGACGGCACUCGAACAGUUUCAUGAAGCCUUGCAACCCCUCCCACAGCCUUCAGUACAAAUGGUCUCGGCGCAUAUUUGUUAGUCAGGCACGCACAUGGUCUUUAGAUUAUGCAUCUUACCAGGUUUGAUUGAUGCGAUAUGCAGGGCAGAUUAUGAAUUGAACGAUUUAAGAGAGCGAUCAUAGAAGAGGGAUUACUAGCAGAAAGCCAAACUUAUAGACCAUGUAGAUUUAGGUAGCUUAACUAAGACGGCUCUAAUGCUUGUGUAUGAAGUUUUUUGACUGGAGUGGAGCAAUCAGUUAUCAUAAGAGGUUGGCAGGGCUCGUUAGUUCUUAUUUUUUAUUUGAUCGAGAAGCAUCG